AUUAAUAAUGUUUGUAGUUUGAUAUGGCAACAAGUUUGGCCUAUUCUAGCAGCUGUAACAAGCUAAGACACUGUUAAUUAGGAAGUACUUGUUUGAAGACAUUAGGACUUUAUUAUCAUCUCGUUUGAGGAUAUUGGGACUUUAUUAUCAUUCACAACUUUUAGUUUUUAUACUUACACGGUCCUACUGAUCCUGUAUAGCUUGGAGAAAAAAGCAUGCCAAACAAAAGUUUGGGUCUCAGGAGGUUAUGAUGUAAAGUGGCCUUCAUUGUGUGGUGUUUGCUAUAUCUUCUUUGGACAUUCAACCCUGCUUAAUUUUGAAUUUCAUAUUGAUCUAAUAUUAUUUUCAAAUACUAUUAUGACACAUAAAUACCAAUUUUAAUGACAUGACACACACACACAGACACAAUUUUAAUUACAUGACACACACACAGACACACACACACCAAAAAACACCUGUCCCUUUGGGUAAUUGUUAUUUCCACCACACUGUUCAAAAUGUGGCGGCACAGUGGUGUGGUGGUUAGCACUGUCGCCUCACAGGAGGGUUCCUGGUUCAAUCCCAGGCGGGGAGUCCUUCCGUGCAGAGUUUGCAUGUUCUCCCCAUGUCAGCGUGGGUUUUCUCCGGGUACAGUCCAAAGAUUGGGGAUAGGUUAAUUGGUGACUCUAAAUUGUCCAUAGGUGUGAAUGGUUUUCUGUCUCUACAUGUCAGCAAUGCAAUAUUCUGGCGACCUGUCCAGGGUGUAGCCCGCCUCUCGCCCAAUGUCAGCUGGGAUAGACUCCAGCCCCCCCUGCAACGCUCAAGAGGAUAAGCAGCUAGAAAAUGGAUGGAUGUUCAAAAUGUAAAAGUUUCAGGAAGUUGUGGGGAUUUGUUGAGUUUGUAUGGGCCUACUUGGUGACCACAGCAAUAGUCAUGUGACAGGAGGCCCCAUGGUUGGAGGACAGUUAGCAUAGUGGCAACUGUAAUAAGUAGAGAGGUACAUUUUUGUUAAAUCAGGAAUAUGUUUCCAAACAGCUUAUAUUCAUUUUCAGUGUACAAAUAGUAAGAAAAACAUUUGAUAUUGUGUAUUUUGUGUAUAUUUAAUGCUAAUGCUAAUGCUAAUGCUAAAAAGAACAUUAGCAAGCUGACGCAUCACCAGGCUAAAUGUAAUUUCCACAACAGUCAUAUUUGUCACUUUAUUCAUCGUGAUGGAAAACUCAUAUGGUGAUGGAAAUGACAAUGCCAGUGUUAUUUUAAUGAAAUCAUUGUAUUAAUACAUUUCUUUAAAUAUGUUAGACUUUCUAAAAGUUUCCAAAAUCUGAUACUUAAAUUUAGAAAAAUAAAUCCCCAUACAGUUUUCAUAAUGUGCUAUAACGUUAAAGGAGACACGUUAAAUUGAAAUAUAUUGGCUUGUUAACGGAACAGAAAUAAGACAGGCACUGUAAUGUGAAACCAGGUGGGGGCGUGGCUUCACGUGCACAAUCAAGGUUUUGACUCAGCACAGGUGAGACACUCACGCGCCCUGCUGACACACACAGAGGAUUCAGUCACUGCUGUCCAAGACGCCGAGGACAUUUCUUCGCCUCUGUUUUUAUGUUCUGGGUUUUUGACUCAAAAAACAACUUCAAAAAGAUUUUCAUGUCCUCUUAAAUCCGUCAGCUACUCCACUGUCGCCCUGUUUUUAUAAAAUGACGUGGCCGGAUGGAUUUAGUAGAUUAAAUGCAGUUUUUCUCGUCAUUUUACUGAGCUUUACUUUUCAAGGUGCCUACUUUGAGCUGGUGGUGUCUCCUGUUGGCCCGACUGUUGUGAAUGCACCACUUGGCAGCAAUGUGACUCUGGCUGUGUCCUUCAGUGGUGCCUCUGACCCAGUGGUUGCCUGGUUUAUGGGAAGGUUACCUGUCGCCACAUGGGUUAUUAACUCCAGUGCUCCUCCAGUCAUAGCUGAAAACAAUAGGGGGGUGCUGGAUAUUGAGCCAGAUGGAUCCCUUACCUUUGUGAAUGUGACACUUGACUAUACCAGUGAGUACACCGUUGAAAUGACAAAGUCUGGACUGCCAACAUCCUCGACUUCUUUCAGUCUAACAGUAUUUGAGAGGCCAAAAGGCAGUCCGAUGUGCUCUGUGCAGUCAGUGAAUAACGUCAACCUGCAGUACCACUGUCGGUGGCUGGGGGGAACCCCACAGGCCCAGUUGUCUUUCCCAGCACUGAGUAACACGAGCAGCGGAGCAGGAAACUUCAACCUGACCGUCACCCCCUCUGAUAAUCUUGACGGGAAAACUGUCACAUGCAUUGCAUACCACCUAUCUGAACAGAAUAAACAAUACUGCAAUAUUACUGCAAGUAGUCCAGUGAAGUUCCUGCCAUCCAUGAGAACCACGGUUGACUCCAGUGGCAAAAUAGUGGUCACUAUCCAGUGUGUCAGCGAGGCCUCGCCUAAGGCUGUGGUGUCAUGGCUUAAAGGCAACGAGACUGUCACCGAAGGGACAACGUACCAGAUCAGCAGAGACACCACACAGCUCCAGAUUCAGGAUAAAAAUGUCAACAACUUUGCCCCCCAGAACUACACUUGUACCUGCCGCAACCCGCUGGGCAGCCAGAGGAGGGUGACUCAGUUAAUAGGACCGUCGAUCUCAGAUUCCAGUUUGUUCCCUAAUCCCAAUGGAACCAUCAUCACAUUGACCUGGGAGGUCCCGCCCACCUCUGUUGUUACAGGGUUUGACGUCCAAAAGAAAGGACCAGACCUCCUGAGCAAACAUGGUAAUGGCAUCAACACUAAAGGCAGCUCAAACAAAUUUGAAACCAUCCAGCAGAAACCUGGCUCUGCUAGGAGCGCAGACAUCUUUGUCCUCGAUCCCGACUUGACAUACUGGUUUCGGAUCAUCCCCAGAGCUCUGAUGACUGAAGGAGCGCCAUCUGAGGUCCACAGAAUUGGUCCAGGUGUCGGGCUGAGUGGACCUGCCAUUGCUGGCAUUGCAGCUGGAAUCCCCUGCAGUCUUCUCGUUCUAAUCCUGCUAAUCGUCUUCAUCUGCUUCUGUGUCUACUGGAACAAGAACAAAAAUCAGCAGGCAAGAUAUCCAAUGUCCAGAGCAGUUGAGAAGGCAAUAUCAACCCAAACAGAAAUAGUGCCUCAUAACCUGCUGAAGGCAGGGCGGAAGGCUCCCCCUGAUUACAACAAAUUUAAGACUCCCUCUGAAAAGUCGGUGCCUCUCCCCACAUUUGUCCCUCCACCACCUGUCAGAGUUGCUACAACUGUCUAAACUCCUGUAUUUGCUUUAUAUAUUAAUUUUGUAUAGCAUGCCUUAUUUUUAUGUUUUGUCUUAAUGUAUGAGAUUUUUUCUAUAUUUGUAUUAUUACUUUAACUGAACUAAGAAUUGGUUUUAUAGAUUUACUUGUACCACUUUCCUGAUCUGCAAUGUAAAACUCCAUUUUGUAAAUGUAUUUAUUCACAAUAAAUCAAAGUAUAAGCAAUGCCUAUAAAUUUAAUUAGUUACAUAUCAAGGAAAGCCUUACUGUUGCAAUGGAGCCCUCAGAAAUUUUUAAUCUGUAUGGCCAGAUGGGGCAAUUGAAAAUCCAAAAAGCCGCAGUAGAAUUUCAGGAAUUCUGUUAUGGGCGGCACGGUUGUGCAUUGGUUAGCAUUGUCGCCUCAAAGCAAGAGAGUUCCCGGUUUGAACCUGGGACCCCACUGAAAAUCGCCAUGCCAGUUGUUUCCUUGCCAAAAUUUAGCCUAAAGUUGGAGUAAUAAUGAACCCCCUUCAGCCAUGGUUGGCACCAAUGGAGGCCUUACGUUGUCUAGUUUCACAAGAUACAACUUCCUUAGUGCUACCUUAA